CCUCUGUUGGCUCAGAAGCGAUCGGGCCUUCCAGCUAAGAAGACGGUCCUGUCCGUCUAACGUACGAUACCAUAAACCGGGAAUCGAAUACCCAAUACCGAGAUCCAGAGCAAGUCCAAGUCCAAGUCGCGAUCGUAUUCGUGGUCAGGUGAAUGCCAUCGCGGCAACGUGCCUGGCAUUCUCGAAGAGAUAUAUAUUCUGAGUCGCGAUUCGUGGUGGCGGUUCUUUAUACUCUAUAGCAGUCAAUUUGUAUAUGGUCUGCCCUCCCCCUCGCUCAAAACAAAAACCAAUUGGGAAGAUACGAGUAUAACCGCAGCGAAAGCAAAAAAUAUUAUCAAAAUGUUUGCAUUUUGGCCAGUUUUAUUACUUUGUGUGCAUUUGCUGCAUUUUAAAAUUAUCUUGGCUGUAGAUCUCCCAGUCGUUUCGGGAGGGCCAGAAGCUCCAGCUCCUGUGUGGCAGAAUGGUGAAGUAAAUGCGGCGCUAGAGGCAGGAUUGGUCAGAGCCAAUGCCACAGCAGAGGAGAACUUUGGCGGCGGAGACGUAGUGGAUUCCUCAUCAGCAAAUCUGAAUCGCCAGCGUCGUCAAUUCUUCUUUGAUCCGAGUAUUCUGUUUUGGCAGGGGGGAUUUGGUGGCUCUGGUGUUCCUGGUGGCUGGGGCCCAGGCGAGGGAUCCAAAUGUCUUACAUCUCGUGGCCAACCUGGUGUGUGUGUCCGGAUCGAUGGCUGUCGCCAGUAUUACAGGGUGGCCCGCCAGCUAUCCAUAAUCACCUUGCGCCAGUGGCCACAAAAUAAUGGUCUUGGCCUGAAUGGCAACAUGUGCAACUUUUUCGAUCAGCUGGGCAGAGUUAACAAUGGAAUUUGCUGUACGGAUAUCGAUGCCAAUACCUUUGGAGUGUUUCCACUGCCUGGAGUGCCAACGACGACCACGACUACAGAGAAGCCUUCAAAUGCAGCGGAUGAGGAAGAUAGAGUGGAUGUGAACCCUGAAGGUGAAGUAGAAAGUGAGCAGCCAGUGGAUUCUCCUCGACCGGAGGACCCUAUUGAUAACGUCAACAGUGUAGAGGACAUGCCAGACUUUCAGGACGUGAACACGAUUGAGGGCAAUGCUCCUGAAGCGGAACCCCAACCUGAAGUCGAACCCGCGGAGGAACCAGUGGUGCAGCCUAUUCCCGCCCAGCCAUCCUCUACGAUCUAUCCCUACCAAUGGCCCUUUGGCUCCUUUGCUGGUGGAGUGGCGCAGUGGCCACCGGCAUUACCCACUCAUCCACCAACAACGGGCGGCUGGCCACCACCACUUCCCACCCAUCCGCCGAACCAUCAUUAUCCUACUCAUCCCACUACCGCUGGGGUACCAAGUACAAAGCGUACUACUCCGAGACCCACAAGUCCCACCAGACCUACCACCACCAGGCGCCCCAGUUAUCCUAGCUAUCCAACGGCAGUGACAACCACGACCACGACAAGGCGCCCUGCCAGUGGAAACAGUCCCGAAGGACUUCCGCUGCAGUGCGGCAACAAGAAUCCAAUGACGCCCGAUCAGGAGCGGAUUGUGGGAGGAAUCAAUGCCAGUCCACACGAAUUCCCCUGGAUAGCAGUGCUGUUCAAGUCGGGCAAACAGUUCUGCGGCGGCAGUCUCAUCACAAACAGCCACAUACUGACAGCAGCUCAUUGUGUGGCAAGGAUGACCUCGUGGGAUGUGGCGGCUCUGACAGCCCAUCUGGGUGACUACAACAUCGGCACGGACUUUGAAGUGCAACAUGUGUCGCGCAGGAUCAAGCGACUUGUGCGGCACAAGGGCUUUGAGUUUAGCCACUUGCACAAUGACGUUGCCAUACUCACUUUGAGUGAACCUGUGCCCUUCACCAGGGAGAUCCAACCGAUAUGCCUGCCUACCUCGCCUUCUCAGCAAUCCCGCUCGUACAGUGGUCAAGUGGCCACGGUGGCCGGAUGGGGAAGUCUGCGGGAGAAUGGACCUCAGCCCUCAAUUCUUCAGAAGGUGGACAUUCCCAUCUGGGCGAACUCCGAGUGUGCUAGGAAAUACGGACGAGCAGCGCCCGGUGGCAUUAUUGAGUCCAUGAUCUGCGCCGGCCAGGCGGCCAAGGAUUCCUGCAGUGGCGACUCUGGCGGCCCAAUGAUCAUCAACGAUGGCGGACGCUACACUCAGGUGGGAAUCGUGUCCUGGGGCAUUGGCUGCGGCAAGGGUCAAUAUCCUGGCGUCUAUACCCGUGUCACUUCGCUGCUGCCCUGGAUCUACAAGAACAUUAAAUAAACCUAGGAUUCUGAUUAGUCUAAGACGUGAUAUGCUGCAAUAUUAUAAGAGCGAACGAUUUAAUAAAAUGACAAAAUCUUU